CCUUAAUCCAGACUGGCACAAGGCAUUCCUAUGCCGCGAUAGGAGAUGGCGAUCUCCAAGUGAGCCAAACAGUCGGUAACAACAAUAACUCACAACAACGCAACUGUGAUUAGCUUCGUGUUGGUGCCUGCGUGCCUUUGCGUUCCUUGCCAGUCGAAAAUAUUUUUACAUUUUUUUUUAAUUCAGAACUGUUCAGUUUUGACAUUCCUUUUUUUUCAACAACACAAUCAGUUCAAGAACACCACCAGCAUCACUUUUUUAUUACGACCCUUUUCAUUUUUUUUUUAAUGCUAAGAAACUCCUUGUUUUAGGGCUUUCUGGUCAUACUUUUCUCGCUAUCUCACAAAGUGGCUGCACUUGGCUUUACUUGAGAUAAUAUUCAAGUGAUAGAAAAGUUUGUGUUUGUCUUGUGGAAUCCAUCUUGUAUAGUGUGGCUUCAGUGAUGGCUUAAAAUGGAUUAAAUUGUUCCAUAGACUAUUUCUUGAUAAAUAUUGUUCCAUGGCUCGGAAGGGUAAUCAGCAAAAGAAUGGUUUGAACCGUCACAGAAAAAAGGGUUCGAACUCGGGGUCUGCUGUUCCUGAUAUGACAGGAUGGGGUAGAGACAGCAAUGUAAAGGUUUUUCCUCAGGAGGAUCUCCCAGAUGGUAACCAUCAAGGCAUUCCUUUUGUGGACAGUGCAAGUAAAGCCCAUCAUGCAGGAGAUGAGAAUAAAAGAAAGCAAAACUGUGGGGCUUCUCCCAGAAAAGAGAAGCAAGGAACAGAUUUGCAAGGUAUUGAACGAUCAGUUUCUUCCAAGGGCAAUUGUAGUGAUGAAAUUGGCAAUAUUUCUUUGAUGCAAACUCCUAAUAUAAGAGAAGUAAUUGCUUGCCGUGGUAGAAAACAUGGAAAGAGUGGUCUUGGUUGCUUGCUAAAUGGACUGCAUUUUAAAAAUGCAAUGGAGGAUGUUAAGUUGCCAGAUAAUGCACUGGUUAGAAGCUUAAGGGCACAUGUGUUAUCCAAGUUGAAGGCAGCAUUUGAAUUGUUAGAGAGGCUGAUGCCAUUGUUUGUGUCUCUAACAACAAACUUUUAUAAUGCCCUUGAUUAUGUUAGAAUUAUGUUUCAGCAAGUUUAUCCUGUUGUUUUAAUUUUUCUCAAACAUUUGGCAAGCGUACUACUCCUUUUAUCAAUGGUUUGGUUGGACUGUGCUCUUAGGGGCAUUGAUUCUUUUCUGCGGAUGGGGACAACAUCUUUUUUUUCAGUUAUAUGGUGUAGCAUUCUCUCAGUAAUUGCUAUGGUUGGGAUGUCAAAGUUUCUUAUGGUCUUGGUUAUAUGUGCUUUGGUGGCCUUUUUUAGUGGGUUUACCCUUGCAAUCAUGGUAGUUGCCCUUUUGGGAACUGUUUAUCUAUGGAUUUAUGGAAGUUUUUGGACAACAGUGCUUGUUAUCUUCCUUGGAGGAUUGGCAUUCAAGUUGAGCCAUGAGAGCCUUGCGCUAUUAAUUACAACUCUGUACUCAAUAUAUUGUGCUUGGACUUAUGUUGGAUGGCUUGGUUUGUUGUUGGCACUGAAUUUAUCUUUUGUCUCAAGUGAUGCUCUCAUAUAUUUCCUAAGAAAUAACAUAAAUCAACAAAGAAGAAUGGAUGGAAGACCCCAUGAACAAACCUUUGGGAUGCGAGGUGGACCGGGCUACUUCAAUGGUGAGUCAAGGCAUGCUUCAUCUUCUGAUAAUGCCCCAGAGAUAACUGCUGAUUGUAGUGCAGGAGUGCCGUCAACCAGUGGAGCAGACUCUGAGAUGACGUCUGAAGAUGAAGUUGCUCGGUUGUUGAACUGCCCUGAUCACUACUCAGCUCUGGGCUUGUCACGAUAUGAGAAUGUUGAUGUUUCUGUAGUGAAGCGAGAGUAUAGAAAAAGGGCUAUGUUGGUCCAUCCUGAUAAGAACAUGGGUAAUGAGAAAGCUGUGGAAGCGUUUAAGAAACUUCAGAAUGCUUAUGAGGUUCUCCUCGAUUCAUUGAAGCGAAAAGCAUAUGAUGAUGAGUUGAGGAGGGAAGAACUGCUAAACUGUUUCCGUAGGUUCCAAAGUGCUUCUCAAAAGAAUGGUAGGCAUGGUUUCUUUGCAUCCAAAUCUGCAAGGUCAGAGACUGAUAGUGAGGACCCCAUUGGAGAUUCUAGGCAAAUAGCCUGCAAAAAGUGCAACAAUUUUCAUCUAUGGAUUGAGACCAAGAGAACAAAGUCUCAAGCAAGAUGGUGCCAGGAAUGCAAAGAUUAUCAUCUAGCAAAAGAUGGAGAUGGAUGGGUUGAACAAUCUUCCCAACCCUUCUUUUUUGGAUUACUGCAGAAGGUAGAUUUGCCUUCUGCAUAUGUUUGUGCAGAUAGCAAGAUAUAUAAUGCUACUGAAUGGUACAUUUGUCAGGGAAUGAGAUGUCCGGCCAACACUCACAAACCAAGCUUCCAUGUGAACACUUGUUUAACCUCCAAGCAUAGUACUGGCAAGGGAACAAGUUCUGGCCAAAGAGGUGGUUGGAUGCCAACAUCUAACCUGGACGAAACCAUGACUGAAGAGGAAUUUGUAGAGUGGUUACAGAAUGCAGUGCAGUCGGGGCUAUUUGAUAAUUUUGGGGCUAGCACCUCCUCUGAAAGCCCAACCACCAGUGCUGGAACAGGCUUCAAGGGCAGUGGUGCCUUUAAUAGCAGUGGCAACAAGAGAAAGAAAAAGGGAAAGAAGCAAUGGUGAUUUCUUCUUUUUCUCACGAUAAACUUGUAAGCUUUUUAAUUAAUGAGCCUACAAAAGAUGGCUCUGAAUCUGAUGAUAGAUCUUUUGUCUUUUUUAAGAAAGAAGUCCUGAGUAAAGCUUUCCAGCAUACGAGUUGAAGAGCCUUUGAGACGCGAAUAUGUAAAAGCUUGUAUAGCUCUUUACGUGAUCCAAAAAUCAGUUUGAGAUGUUUUACUGGCGUAAAAUUUGUGCACCACCUUAUACUGGAAGAUGAUGAAUUCGCUUGAAGGGUUAAAAUAGUUUAAUAGAAGACGAGAAUGGCACUCUAUGGUUCAGAAAAUGCCAAUGCCAAUGCAAAUGCUGGCAAAGAAAUCAUUAAUUUUGUGAUUUCUCUGUAUUAAGCAUAGCUGUUUAAACCUUUUUUCUUCCCAAAACAACUUUGUAUCAAGCAUCACUCGAACUCUCACAAUUGACACUUAAAUCCUAUAAAGUGCUAAAAACGACAUUUGUCACAAAGGAAACUAUAUAAAAGAAGUUUUAAGAGA